AUGGACAAGGAAGUGCAAACUGUCAGAAGCAAGAAUGAAACGUUGGAGAAAGUAUCAAUUUGCACAAAUCGAGCAGGACACAAGAUCACAACAAGUGAGAAAAGAGCACACACAGUUAUCGGAGCCUUACUCCAAGAAGGGACUUCUGCAUUAAGACCACCAUACUUCAACGGACAAUAUUACACUCACUGGAAAAUUCGAAUGGAAGCUUUCAUCAAAUCUUAUGAUGUCAAAGUAUGGCGAGUCAUCAAGAAGGGUGACUUUCCUCUCCUGCAGUCCAAACAAGAAAAGAAACCAGAAGGACAGAUAAAUUCAAAGGCAAAAAAUCUAUUAUACAAUUCUAUAAGCGGAGAAGAAUUUGAGAAAAUAUCAAGUUAUGACACAGCCAAAGAAAUGUGGGAUAAACUUGAAGUUACCUAUGAAGAUACCGGUAAAGAAGAUGAAUCCAUUGAAGACAUGUUUGGCCAAUUUAGCAAAAUAGUUGGAGAUCUACAAUCCUUUGGAAGACCAUAUUCAAGUGGUGAACAAGUCAGAAAGAUUCUAAGAAGUUUACCCACCUUAUGGCAACCAAAAGUUGUUGCUCUUGAAUACGGAGAUCUCGACAAACUAUCAUAUGAUGAACUUCGUGGAGACCUUAUAGCCUUUGAGCAAACCCAUAUCAAAAAACAUGGACAUGAAGAGAAGAAAAAGAGUGUUGUUUCUAAAUCAACUAUUGCUGGGUCUGAUAGUGAAGCCGAAGAAGGAGGAGACAAACAUGAAGAUGCUAUUUCAUUAUUUUCUAGAGUUGUCUCUAACACGACGCGAAGAAGCAAGAAAAAUGGAAGAGUCAAUUCAAGUUCUAGAAAAGGUAAUGAAAUAAGUGAGCAGAAAAACAAUGACAGAAAGUGCUACAAAUGCGGAAAUUAUGGUCACAUCCAAGCCAAUUGUCCAGAACUAAAAAGGAAACUAUCCAAGCGCAAUCGAAAGAGAAAAUCUUCCAGCAUAUGGAGUGAUGAAUAUAUGCCAGAUAGAAAUCAUAAUGGAGUUGCCAACCUUUGUUUCAUGGCACGAAGUGAGACAAGUGAAAAAAGAAAAUCUUUUGGUAUCUGGAGUGAUGAAGAUAUAUCAGACAACGAUCAUGAGGAAUCUACAAGCAACAGCAUCAUUGCCCCAAGUGAAACAAGUGAGGUAAGAUUUCAUGAUUGUGAUAAAUGUAAUGAACUUCAAAGUAUCGUAGAACAGGCUUUAGAUGAUAUGAGAAAAAUUCUUGAUGAGCUCAUGAAGAUUAAACGGGAGAAGAAAACCUUGGAGACCCAACUUGAAGAAUAUAACAAGUUAAAAAGGGAAAAGGAAGAGUGGGAUAUUCUACUCGAAGAACAAGAAGAAAAUGUGGAACUUCGCAAACAAAUGAAUAGUUUGCACAUAUCUUCCCGUCACCAUUUUGAUCGACCGAACAAGCAGGCUCAUUUUCUUAAUAACUUCAAGUUGACUGACAAGGGAUCUACUAGUAGACGCCCUACUUCAAACAAGUCGACUCGGGAAAGCUUCAAGUCGACUAAGGCACCUGCUGGUAAAUACUCUACUUCUUUUGUUACAUGUCACUACUGUGGUAAUUUUGGACAUAAGGCAUUUGCAUCUAUGGGAAGGAAGAAAAAUCAAUAUUUGGUUAUCUUAUUUCCUUUGGUUGCAACUGUCUUGGAUGGAGAACUUGCAAUGGAUAGCUUGCGAUAA